CACGGGGUUUCCUAACUACGACGUUUUUAUGGAAAYAUUUACAUACCUAGACCCUGGUGAUAAAGGAGAAAAUAUCAGAUACUAUACRAGCACGACUUCUGAUGUUUCACCAAAUGUGUAUGAUCAAGAGGAGGAAAUCAACGAAAACAAGAGMGGAAGAUCAAGACUUCUAAGACCAAUUGAUGAAUAUUUUCUUGCCAUGUGUCGAUUGAGACAAGGUUUUGCUGAAGAGCAUAUUGGUCACCUAUUCCAUGUAUCUACAUCAACAGUAAGUCGGAUACUUAUAUCAUGGAUAAAUUUUAUGUACCUGAAGCUUGGUCAAAUUAACAUUUGGCCUUCGAGAGAGAUAAUAGAUGAUACAAUGCCAGAGGAUUUUAAAGGAAAAUACCAAUCAACGAGAGUUAUUAUUGACUGCACUGAAGUAAGGUGUCAAAUGCCCAGCAGCCUUCAACUGAAUGGGGAACUUUUUAGUAGCUACAAACACCAUACAACCCUCAAAGGUUUAAUUGGAAUCUCCCCUCGUGGUGCUGUGACUUUUGUAAGUUCCCUGUACACAGGAUCAAUUUCUGAUAGGGAAAUUGUUUUUCGUAGUGGUYUUUUAGAUUUGCCCUUCAAUGACAAAGAUUCAAUAAUGGCUGACAAAGGGUUUACAGUUGAGGACCUGUUACCUUUAGGAGUAACCUUAAACCUCCCCCCUUUCCUUGGUGGUUCUAGCCAAAUGGCAGMGGAAGAUGUGAUUCGAACACAGGAAAUUGCUAGCUUAAGGAUUCAUGUUGAAAGGGUUAUUAACAAAAUCAAAMAUUUUCAUAUAUGGGAUGGGGUAAUUCCUCUGAACCAGUUGGGGCUUGUCAAUCRGAUGUGGGCAAUAUGUGCUCUUCUCUGUAAUGCACAAUCUAGUAUAAUUUCAGCUUAAUACUUGCAUAAUCAGCACGUAUUGACACCUGCAAGGACACUUUGGAAUGAAAUAACUACAUUUUCAUGAUGUACAUUAAACAAUUUAYUAAUUCAAAAUCCUGCAGCUCUUAAGAAACUAUUUUAGUAUUUUUUUCUAUAGUUUUUAUAAUAUUGCAUUUUUAAAAAUACACUUAAUUUAUUAAUUCAGGGCCUCCAUUAAAAUCAGUAUGUUAUAUACGCACUGAAUGGGGCUACCCUACAUGUAUUUAAAUAAAGGUUUAUUAUCUUUAUUGAACCAUAUAGAUUUAGAGUGAUGGUGCUUAAUCUGUGAAAUAAAUAUUUGUCUUAUGAAUAUUGAAUGGUUGAACUGUGGUGAAAUAAUGACAGAUGUGUUGACCAUCA